AUGACUACUACCAAGAUCAAACUCAUCCCCAACCCGCACUACCAGAAGUCGGGAACAAAGUCGUACGUGCACUUGAUGCGAAAGUAUGGCUUCCAUCCCACCAAAGAAGGCCCCUUCAUUAUCGGUACGGUUAUGCAGCAGACGGGCCGCCAGUACACGGAUAAACCUAUCGGGGGCCGGGUUCAUGCUCGUCAAGUCCUGCAGAAGAGGAGCGUCGAUGCCAAUGAGGUUGGACAGGUUGGUGCCGACGAUGUACAGAACGAUUCCAUGUAUCUGGCGCAGAUCGGUAUUGGUACCCCUGCGCAGAAUCUGAAUCUUGAUUUCGACACCGGCUCUGCCGAUCUUUGGGUCUGGUCAACAAAGUUGCCAUCUGCUACACUGUCCGCGAACAAGAAUCACACAGUUUUUGACCCCAGCAAAUCGACCUCAUUCAAGAACAAAGACGGUUCUACAUGGAAGAUUUCCUAUGGCGAUGGAUCUUCCGCCUCCGGCACAGUUGGCAACGACGAUGUCAACAUCGGCGGCGUCGUAAUCAAAGGUCAGGCCAUCGAACUGGCGGAUACUCUCUCAGCACAAUUUGCCAGUGGCGCUGGUGACGGUCUACUUGGCUUAGCAUUCGGCAACAUCAACACCGUGCAGCCGACCGCCGUAAAGACACCCGUCGAGAACAUGAUUUCGCAAGCGGAUAUCCCCAAGACUGCAGAGCUAUUCACGGCAAAGUUAGGAUCCUGGCGUGAUGCAGACGAGCCUGACAAGGGCGAGUCAUUCUACACCUUUGGAUUCAUUGAUCAGGAGACUGUGAAAGCCUCCGGCGAAGAUAUUUACUACACACCCAUUGACAAGAGCCAGGGAUUCUGGAUGUUUGACUCGACGUCGGCAACGGUGAAUGGCAAAUCGAUUGCUCGUGCCGGUAACAAGGCUAUUGCGGACACGGGUACCACUCUGGCUCUCAUCGAUGAUAGCACAUGCAAGGCAAUCUACGAUGCGAUUGAAGGAGCUUACUAUGAUAACGACAGUCAGGGCUAUAUCUACCCGACCAAUACUGCUUUGGAUAAGUUACCAGUUGUGUCAUUUGCAGUGGGCGAUAAGCAAUUUGUCGUUCAAAAGGAAGACUUGGGCUUUGCGGAGGCUAAAUCGGGAUAUGUCUAUGGUGGCAUUCAGAGUCGAGGUUCGAUGGAUAUGGAUAUCCUGGGUGAUACCUUCUUGAAGGGAAUCUAUGCAAUAUUUGACGUUGGCAACACGCGAUUUGGUGCUGUGCAGCGAAAGGAACUUCACCAGAACCUGUCCGCGCCUCCUCAGUAG